AUGGACAGCCUUUUCUUCGAGUUUGCCCUUGAGCCUCACAUCUGGAGGUCCAACAAGUAUCAUAUGGGGGCUCCUGGCCUCAGGCUUUUGUACUCUUUGUAUUGCCGCCUCUCUAGCGGAGUUUCUAUCGGCAUACCCAACCUGGUACCUGUUCCUGAUAACCUUUUCCCAGAGCACAUCUCGCUAACUGAAUCACCAGUAUCCUGGGAUGACUACAAAUUAGUGCUCUCAUGGUUUACUGCGUGGGCGAAUGUCACCGCAUGGGUACCCGUCACCCUUAGCUUACUGCAGGCAUAUGACAGCACUAACAAUUAUCCGAUCUGUCUCAGCGCAACGGCCUCGCUAUUUGGGAGUCAACUUAUUACAAACAUUGUGGUUCUGGUGCAUCCGGACUUUAACUUGCAGCGAUGGCACGUGUUUCUCGUCUAUGUCGGCUUUUGCCUGGUAGCUUUUCUGGUCAACGCAGUCUGGAAUAGCAUCCUAUCCGCGCUAAAUAAAGCGGCUUUGAUCUGGUCCCUCUGUGGGUUCUUCAUAAUUUCGAUAACUGUGUUGGCAUGCGCAGCUCCGAAUUACAAUUCUGCGAGGCAAGUUUCAGUUGACAUAUUCAUCAACGAGACUGGAUGGCCCGAUGGCUUGGCCUGGCUUUUAGGACUGCUUCAGGGUGGACUAUGUCUCAUUGGAGUUGAUGCGGUCGCGCACAUGAUUGAGGAGAUCCCCGAACCAUCAACCGAGGGCCCGGUGAUCAUGAUGGCAUGUGUGGCAAUUGGCAUCGCCACCAGCUUGAUCUUCAUUAUUGUCCUAUUAUUUGUGUCUCGCGAUAUAGACACCGUCAUCAGCUCAGGUGCUGGACCUUUACUUCAAAUUCUUUUUGAUGCAACUAACAGUGAACCGGGGGCAAUUUGCUUGUUACUGUUCGUGCCCUCUCCUCCACAUCAUGAUCCUGUCGCUCACAGCAAUUCUACCAGCUUCCCCAUCGGGUGCCUCCUACUAGGUGUGAUAGCUAUAAUGACCACUUGUAGUCGAAUGGUUCACGCUCUGGCUAGAUCCUCGCACCCAUCUUCCUUGGAAAAUGCACUCCUCCGGUUUCCUGAGGGGCCUACUGACCGAAAGCAAAGAGACUCCGGCCUGCCCUUUUCUUCCCUCUGGACUAAAGUGCAUCCAGCGCUAGGGAUGCCUCUAAAUGCCCUGGCCCUCAGUGCAUUUGCAGUAAUUUGCUGCGGGUGUAUCUUUCUCGGUUCUUCCAGUGCAUUCAACGCACUGAGCUCCGCCACCGUCAUAUGCUUUGACAUAUCCUACUGUGUUCCAAUCUUGGUCCACUGCUUACGGGGUCGCAAAUUACUUCCUGCCCGACCAUGGAGCCUGCAUCCUGUGAUUGGAUGGACUGUCAAUCUUGUAUCAAUCGCGUAUAUUCUGUUAACAACCGUUCUCUUCCUCUUUCCCCCUUCCCGUUCGGUGACAGGAUCGACCAUGAAAUGGUUUCCUCGCUGCCUAGACUAUGCCAUUGCUGCUAUGGGCGUAUUUAUGUUAAUAUCCAGCUUCUACUGGUUCAUCAGAGGCCGUGAGUGCUUCAUGCAGAGCCAUGUAAUUGCGGGUAUGGAAUGCACGGUAGCUACAGCUUCAAUAGAGCCGACCAAGUUGGAAGCAUAA